ACACAAUUCUGCCUUCCUGGAGAUCACAUAUAAACCUUCCAGGGUCACAGCCAGCUUCAGGCUGUAGCAGAGGUGUUUGAAACUCCUCUACCACUUUGGGGCUGCCAGCAGAGUCCUGUGCAUAGAAAUUCUACUUGUGUGCUGCUCUUUCACACGGUGAGAAAGAGCCCUUCACUUGGAAUCCUCCCCACGAUGCUGUUGCUGCUGCUUCUGCAGGUCUUGGCGAGCUGCCUCUGGCUGGGACGCAGCGAGGUGGUGACAUCCUUUCAAAGUUGCCUUCGUUUUUUCUUCCGGGAAACACCCCCAAAUGAUGUUCUGAAGCCGAACAACCCAGCCUGGAUCUGCCAGCUCUACAACAAUGAGUAUCACUUUGCCACCCUGUACAACAGAGACCUGCGUAUUCCCGUAUACUCUGCUUACACCUAUAAGCCUAGAAAGGGCCCGAGACCUCACAUCUGGAUGAUUGAGCCCCAGUUGAUUGGUUCAAAUUAUUCCAAAACAAUGAUGAAAGAGGAUGACCUCAUGAGCACAUUCAACGUUACCUUAGAAGAAAUCAAGAACAGCCAGGCUAUCUCCCAAGACUACAGGAAUCUGAAGGGUUUGCACAGUUGCCGUUUGAACCCCAGUGUCCAUCAACCCGAUGACAUGAGCAGGGAGGCUACCUUCACCCUCACCAACAUAGUCCCACAGAAUGCAAAACUCAAUGUAGGCGCCUGGAAGAAUUAUGUGGAGACCACGAUGACCAAUAAGACCAAGGGCUGUACCACCACCUACGUUGUCGUGGGCACUGUGCCUGGAAACAACUAUAUUGCUAGUGGGAGGGUUAAUGUACCCAGCUACAUCUGGUCCAGUGCUUGCUGUGAGAUGGGCAAAAAACAGAUGAAGGCUUGGGCGGUCAUUGCAGAGAAUGACAAGAAUGCAGUCCAGCUCCUCACGCUGGGGGACCUGGAGGACAGGUUAACGGAGCUCUAUGGGGAGGGCAAGGUGUCUCUGUUUCACAGCGACUGUCCCCGCUAAUAAGCCCCACUUCACAUGCCGGGUGUAAAAGGCUUGUGACCCUUCACCACUAGCAGCAUCACCACAUCUCCCAUGC